AUGGAGGAAGCCACUUUAUCAACAAAGUCUUCGAGAACUUGGAAGAAGUAUGGAGUCAAGCAUAAGGUAGCGACACCAUACCAUCCUCAGACAAGUGGUCAAGUGGAAGUGUCGAACAAGCAGAUAAAGGGGAUCCUCAGGACGAUUGUGGGAGUCACCAAGAAGGACUGGGCAGUUAAGUUGGACGACGCUCUCUGGGCUUACAGGACCGCCUAUAAGACGCCAAUAGGAAGGACACCUUUCUCGCUCCUUUACGGGAAAUCGUGUCACCUUCCGGUGGAGAUUGAGUACAGAGCACUCUUGGGCAAUCAAACUGCUCAACUUCGACAUCAGGUCUUCAAGGUUGGAGAAUAUGCGCUGCUUUUCAACUCGAGAGCUAAGUUGUUCCCUGGGAAGCUCAAGUCCAAGUGGUCGGGCCCGUUUGAGAUUAAGGACGUCCUUCCUUAUGGAGCUGUCACUUUGCUUAACCAGAAUGGCGAGGAGUUCACGGUGAAUGGCCACAAGCUCAAACCGUAUUUGGGCCAACGCAUUCAAGGAGAAGGAGUCUCAACUCCUCUUCCGGACGCCCCUUAG